AUGGGCAUGCAAGGCCCCCUGACGGCCCAAGCGCUUGGUCGCUCCCCGUAUGAUGAUGUGGAAUGGGACCGAGAGAAUGAGGGAGCUGGGGAGUCAACACAGCAAUUCGAUCACCGAGGGCGUCCGGUGAAUCCCGAGACAAAGAGGAUUAAUCGAGAUAUCGUCCGGUCUCAUAACGAGGUGAUGCUUGUGAUCGGCGUCGCAGAGCAGGAGAAUCCCAACGUCGGCCCAGAGGCCGAGUCGCAACGACGACAUGAAGCCUACGAAGAUGCUAUCGGAAUCAAGAUCGCUUCCUCUGCCCAUCGAUGCAUUGAAGCUGUCGGUAUUUUCGGCCUUCAUGGAGCCCGCCAGAGGAUCUUGAUUUACAAGCGGUAUUCGCAAAUCCCCUUUUGGGACCUUUACCAGGCAACGAGGAAAGAUUUUUCCUUCUUCCGGGAUAUCCUACCCGGCGCGCCGGCAAGCCUACUCUCCAAGUACGCUGAGCGUUAUGUCAUUACCCUCUGGAACAAUCGUACAGAUCGGAUAAUGGCACGCAGAUGCGUUCAUGAGAUUUGGUCAUAUCUCCGAGUUCACCUAGAACUGUAUAUUGCUCUCCAGAGGCUGGGCCUCAUUUCGAGCAGUCAAUGGUUUCCUGGGCCAUCAUACUUUGUCCCCUUCACUGAGGCGUCGCCAAUCCCUGCCCCACCUCCGUUGCAAGGCUUCACACCCCAAUCUCUGCUACAAUGGGUGGGAGGACUUGCCAUUUCUGCCACUCCUUUCCUCGUCUGGGUAAUGACGCAGAGGAUGGUGCGUGAUUGGAAGCCUAAGAUCUGGAAUGAGAUCCUCUCGCGUUUGCCCAACACUGGUUUCUCCGGUCGACGAGUCCCUCCUCCCCCACCGCCCUCAUCAUGGCGGCCAACCAACGAUUCGUCUCGGAGGAGAAGGUCUGAGCCGCACCAAAUUCGGGAGGCGGGGGAUGACGUUUCCCCUCUGAGAGCAGUUGAUGGACAACUGCCCGACACCCCCGUAGAAGCUGUUCGACGCCAAAGUACCUUCUCGGCCAGAGGCGACGACUACGCUAGCGACGAAGAAGAAAUGGAGGGGGUUAGUGCAACUCUCAUCUCGUUCGAUGUUGAGGCGAGCGAAUCGACUGAGGCUCCGGCAGGACUCUGGAGCGCAGAGCUUCGUCCAAGUGUGGCCUCCGACGCCAACACUGUUGCGAACUCCCAGCCGCUUUAUCUGGACACAAUGCUCACUCGACUUUCACCGCUGAUGGCAUCCCAUAUCUUUACAGAUGCAGUCACCAGGAUUUUAAUGUCGCCCUACGAGGCUACUGCCCUCCGCCUGAUAGCUCGGACGUUUUGCUUGAGACGGGGUCUUCUGUGUGACGACAUUUGCAACGUCAAUCUCUUGAGCGGGCUCAACCUUACCACCCUCAUCAACUUCUUAGGUAUAGAGGUCCUCCACCUCACUAUUUCAGGGGAGGUCUGGGGGGCGUUCACGGGACUCUCGCAGUGGUUCCACAAAACGGAAGAGGAGUGGAAGCAAGCAGAGGCUGACAAGGCGCUGGGCUGGUCGGAUGAUUGA